AAAAGAUAACUUUUUAAUUAUUACGCUAUAAAUUAUUUUCUUAAAUUAUAUGUUGUAUUAUUUCUUCUUUAGUAAACUUCAGGAGUCUAUUUUUCGAUUUGGACAUAUUAAAGGCACAAAGACGAACGCAUUAUUGCACUCGAUUGUACGAGGAUAGAUUUCAUCGAAUAAAUUUAAACAACGCGAUGUCCAGUUGUUUCGUUGUAUGUGACAUUUGUCAUAUAAGAUUCGCCGUUAUUUAAAAACAAUUACACGCAAAUCGGCUAAUUCGUUUCGGGGACGGAGAGGCAAGACCAGAACACGAAUCACACACGCGGACGCACGACGGACGAGGUACAAUCGAGUGCGGAUAUUUUAUAGUAGGCUUGUGAUUAAAGUGAGGAAUUAUUGUCGAAUGGUCCGAGAUAAAAUAAAAAACGAUGUAUAAAAAAAGAGAGAUAUUGCUUUCCACACGCAGAAUAUACUAUUGUAAUUAUGUCGUUAAUAAAUUGUUUUUUAUUUUAACUCUCGCAAGCGGUUCGUACGUGUUCCCUGCAUGCGGCAUUCUAAUUAUGAUUUCUGAUUUUCAGCAUGAAGUUCCAUUGGCGUGCAAGCCGGAAAGAAUUUGCAGAGUAUGCAAAGAUAUAUGUGCAACAUGCAACACCGCUUCUACAGUGAUGGUAAUUGUACCUCCGUCCGCUACUGACCUCUUCAAUCCAGUUCUGGCCUCCAGUUCACCGCAUUUCACCGAGAUGAUGGCGUUAGUUGGUCGGAUUUGACUGGUUCGAAAGUAAUUAUUUUUUAAUUAUUAGUUUUUUAUGUAUAAACUUUUGCAAUGACGAACAAUUGAGUUUAUUAUUAAUUAACUAUAAGUUUCAGUUCUUAUUAUAUAAUUUCUUAUUUUAAUUUAAUUACAUAGUUUAUAACAGUAUUCAGUACUCCGUUAUACUUGAAUUUUUAAUGAAAGAAAUCAUUUUUCAAUCUUUCGUGAAAAAUAAUUAAAAUUUCAAUUAUU